AUGCUGGUGCCCCUGACCGGCUCCAUGUACAUCGCUCGCAAUAUCCCCCUCCCCUCUCUCGCAUUCCUCACCCCGCCCCACCCCACCAGGUGCGAGCAUGCUGGUCAGAGCAUGCUGGUGCCCUUAACCGGCUCCAUGUACAUCGCUGGCACCGUGGCCGAGCCCUCCCACGUGCUCAUUGACGUUGGUGCGGGCUACUAUAUCGAGAAGUCAGUGGAGGAGGCGAUGGGGUACUGCAUGCGCAAGGCGGAGCUGCUGCGAGCCAACCAUGACAAGUUCAGCGAGGUGGCACGCGCCAAGCGACAGCUACUGGAGGAGGUAACGAUGGUGCUGCAGGCGAAGGUGAGGGCAGCCGUGCAGCAGCAGGGCGGGGAAGCAGCAGGUGCUGUUGCAACGGGGGCAGCACAGGCAGGCAGGAUACAGGCAGCUGCCUCGUGA